AUGGGCGAGUGGGCCUUCCUGGGCUCGCUGCUGGACGCCGUGCAGCUGCAGUCGCCGCUGGUGGGCCGCCUGUGGCUGGUGGUCAUGCUCAUCUUCCGCAUCCUGGUGCUGGCCACGGUGGGCGGCGCCGUGUUCGAGGACGAGCAGGAGGAGUUCGUGUGCAACACGCUGCAGCCGGGCUGCCGCCAGACGUGCUACGACCGCGCCUUCCCGGUGUCCCACUACCGCUUCUGGCUCUUCCACAUCCUGCUGCUGUCGGCGCCGCCCGUGCUCUUCGCCAUCUACUCCAUGCACCGCGCCAGCAAGGGGCCGGCGGGCUCCGGGGCGGAGGCGCAGGCCCGGAGCCAGGCCCUGCAGGCGCACGAGCCCCGGGACCCCCAGGGCGGCCCGGGCGCGCGGCGCUGCUACCUGCUGAGCGUGCUGCUGCGCCUGCUGGCCGAGCUGGCCUUCCUGGCCGGCCAGACGCUGCUCUACGGCUUCCGCGUGGCCCCGCACUUCGCCUGCGCCGGCCCGCCCUGCCCGCACACCGUCGACUGCUUCGUCAGCCGGCCCACCGAGAAGACCGUCUUCGUGCUCUUCUACUUCGCCGUCGGGCUGCUCUCGGCGCUGCUCAGCCUGGCCGAGCUGGCGCACCUGCUCUGCAAGCGCCGCCCCGCGGCCGCCGCCCGCCACGACAACCGCCGCAACCGCGCGCGCGAGCAGGCGCAGGCGCACAAGCUGCUGCCGCCGCCGCCGCCGCCGUCGCCCGCGCAGGCCACGCCCACUCCGUGCACAAGCCCCGCCCGCGGCCGCGGACACGCCCCCGACGCCCCGCCCGCCUACGCGCACCGCCCGCCCUCCGCCCGCAGCGACCCAGGCCCCGGGGCCUGCAAGGUGGCGCUGCAAGGUGUCGGACGCCCCGACCUGGCCGUCUAA